AUGAUUUUGCUUAAUUUAUGUAAUUUCUAUCGUAAAACUAGAAUUAAUAAAUUAAUUAUCAAGAUAAAUAACAAGAAUAAAUAUAUCUUAUAAUAACACUAUUCAUUAUUUUUCUAAAAUAAUAUUGAUAUUUAAUAUAUUUAACUUGCUUCUAAUAAAAUUAUUAUGGGAAAUUAACCACAUAAGCUCUCAUCUAAUAUAAAAAAUAAAUCUUAGGGUAUUUAAGCUGAUUCACCUAUAAAAAAUGAAUUAUCUUAAAUUGACUUAUAAAAUUUAGAAUAAUAACUGCUAAUUUAAAUGCAUGAGUUGAAUAGUAUGUACACAAAAAUAUAAAAAAAGGUUAAACAUGAGCGGAAAAAGAUAUUUUAAAAAAUCGAAAUUGCUAUCAUCCCUUUUAAAAGUAUAUAUGAUGACUUGGAUCAUAUAAUAAAAUCUUCAAACAUAAAUAUUAUAUUUACUUUAGCUAAGUAGUCUAUUUUAGAUUACGUCACACUAAUCCUUCGUAUAAGAAAGAAAUUAUUGACUUUGUAUGAUAGUCAUGUAAAAAUAAUCUAAUCUAUAGAUGAAAAGUUGAAAGAAUCAGUAAAAAUAAAAAAUUCGUUGGAGUAAUUAAAAGAAUCAGUAGAAUAAUUAAUGCCUUUUUACUAAGAAAACGAUUUUCUUUAAAAUUUUGAUGAAAAAAAUUAAGAGGAUUUAUUUACUUUUAUUUUAUAAAAAUGGAUAAUAGAGGAUCUUGAUAAAAAAUGA